UCUCAUACCGGCGAACCCAAUCCAACGUCCGCAGCAAACACACCCAGCUGACUCCCCUUGUUUCCACUCCACUCCGACCAGAUCCUCCCCAUCCCCAAGCACUCCACCAAGAACCUUUCCCCCCUUCCGAGUUACUCGAGGAAUCCAUGUGCGGCGGUGCCAUCAUCUUCGACUACAUCCCGGCCCGGCGUCGGGUGUCCGCUGCCGACUUCUGGCCGGACUCCGAAGCCGACGCCGAGGACCCCCACGCCCCGCGCGCCUCCGGCGAGAGAGCGCCGCGCGCGAAGCGGUGCCGCAAGAACCAGUACCGCGGCAUCCGGCAGCGGCCGUGGGGCAAGUGGGCGGCGGAGAUCCGCGACCCCGUGAAGGGCGUCCGCGUCUGGCUCGGCACCUACCCCACCGCCGAGGCCGCCGCGCGCGCCUACGACCGCGCCGCCAGGCGCAUCAGGGGCGCCAAGGCCAAGGUCAACUUCCCCAACGACACCUCGUCCCCAGUCCCUGUGCCGCCGGCGGCGGCAGCUGCUCCUCCACCGGCCACGGCCCCGGCCGUGCUCCCAGCGCCCAAGGCGGAGGCAGGGUUUUCCGACGAGGUCAAGGAGCUGUCCGAGGAGCUGAUGGCCUACGAGAACUACAUGAACUUCCUCGGCAUCCCCUACAUGGAGGGCGGGAGCGCGGCCGCGCCUGCCGCCGCCGCCGUGCCCGCCGCCGCAGAGGAGCCGCAGGCGCCGGUGCCCACCGGGCUGUGGAGCUUCGAGGACUACUACCCGGCGUCCCUGUCGCUCUUCACUGAAUAACGGACGCCUCCUGAUGUUUUUCAGUAAAUUUUUUGAAAAAAUUUCCCCUGCUUGUCCGCAGUCGCCGUGAGUGGCUAACGCCGAGCUGAUGAUAUCCUUCGUCUUGUGUCGUUGAACCCAUCCAUUGUUUCAUUUCAUUUGUGACCAUGCUUGUAAUUCCCCAAGUGUUCCGUGUAAUCAAGAUUUGCAGUUCAACUCUGAUUUGUGCUCUUCUGCAACUCGCUGCAGAGGAAUCGCUUCCGUGA